GCUAUAGCCUGCGUUUUAUUUACUCGUUCCGAUGCAGGUGCUUCCCCAGAGGUACCAACCUUUACUAGUCUUUGAUCCGGGCAACUUUUUGGUUAAUAGUCUGGACCAUUAACUCUUAAACCGCCGCACCGUACAGCAGAGUGCGGGAGAACCAUGUGUACUGUGGGUGCUGUGUGUUUUUCUGUUACUUUCGGGGGAUAUUUUGGUGUUUCAAUGGGUCUUGGGAAGUACAUACUAGAAGGAAAAGAAGCAGCGAGAAGAGCGUUUUCCUGAAGACGUCGUGACUCGACGAAGAAGAGGCGCAGGAUCCCCCGCCCACACCGCACCGUGUACCGGCACCGUCCGCCGAGCGAAAUCAGCCCACCCCCGGCCACCCUCCCGCAAAUAACCACACAUGCACAAUUCGCCAUCACGUCCGCUGCCCAUCUUCCCCAUUUAUAACCGUCUCACCAAUACACUUUCGAUAUCCAUACUGACGUACAGACCGGUCACGGUGAAACUGCGAUGGAUUAAUCGCAUUGUAAAAGGACACCCUCCCCCCAACGACAUCGGGGUAAACUGAAUCUCCGCAUCACUGAUUAAACUAUUCCCAUUAAUAUAUCACCAUGCCUUGUGUUCAACAGCCCACGGGGGCAGCGUGAAACGUGCCUAACUAGCCGAUUAAUAUUCACACGAGAGACAGCCGGGGCAUCUGCUUUAAUAUGCUGAUUCUUUAUAAAUACGCUUGAGUGAGCUGGAAGAAAAUAAGAUCAAGGGCUGCUCUUAUACUGUUAUAUGACAACACUGCGGUAGAAGACAAUGGGGGUGUAUUUCUUUAUUUUUAUUUUUGAAUGACAGCUGGAAGAGCCGGAUGUGUAGCGUGAAUGCAGACGCACGGGCCUUUUAACAGGGUCCUUUGUUCUUGGCGUUGGUAUCAGUCCGGGAUGCUGCGUAAAAAUGCGCUGUAAAUACAGGCCACAUGAAUGAAUGACUGGCGGCCGGGCGGCUCCAGGGCGCCGGGCAGGGAGGCGUAGCCGUGGGAGGAGUUGGCGUGGUCAGAGGCGGGGACCGAUUCAUUGUAAAAUGCUGCCGGUAUGACUAGUCCCCUCUCUCCCGGUUCGGUGAGAGAGUGCGUGGGUCCGAGUGGGCGCUGGGGGCGAGCUCCGUAUAAAAGCUGCGAGAACGCCGAGUCUCGUCCGUGUUUUUGGGCUUCUCCCCGAGGUCUGACAUCGCCGCAUUAGUGCGUUUCAUUGCCGUACUCUCUGCUCGGAUAGCGCUUCAUCUCGAAAGGGGAAAACAUCUAGUCUAUGGUCCUGGCUGGAGAUUUCAGUAUGUCUCGUACGGACGAGGUGCACCGUAUAACGGAAAAUGUCUACAAGUCCAUCAUGGAGCAGUUCAACCCGUGCCUGCGGAACUUUGUCGCCAUGGGAAAGACGUAUGAGAAGGCGCUCUCGAGUGUCACAUUUGCAGCCAAGGGCUACUUCGACGCUCUGGUGAGGAUGGGCGAGCUGGCCAGCGAGAGUCACGGCUCUAAGGAUCUUGGGGAUGUGCUCUUUCAGAUGGCCGAGGUUCACAGGCAGAUCCAGGUGCAGUUGGAAGAGAUGUUGAAGUCGUUCCACAAUGAGCUGCUAACAGAACUGGAGAAGAAAGUUGAGCUGGACGCCCGCUAUCUCAACGCUGCUCUGAAAAAGUAUCAGAUGGAGCACAGGAGCAAAGGCGAGAGCCUGGAGAAGUGCCAGGCGGAGCUGAAGAGGCUUCGGCGAAAGAGUCAGGGCAGCAAGAACCCAUCCAAGUACAGCGACAAGGAGAUGCAGUACGUGGAGAACAUCAGCAGCAAGCAGAGUGACCUGGACAACUACAUUGCCGAGGGCUACAAGACAGCGCUCUCGGAGGAGAGGAGGAGGUACUGCUUCCUGGUGGAGCGGCAGUGUGCUGUGGCCAAGAACAGCAUCGCUUACCAUGGCAAGGGCAAAGACCUGCUGACUCAGAAGGUCCCCAUAUGGCAGCAGGCCUGCUCAGACCCCACCAAGCUGCCAGAGAGGGCCCUGAUCCUGGCCCAGCAGAUGUCGUGUGGGGGUGGAGGCACCCUCAUGGCCAGCCCCCGGCAUUCCUCCAAGGGCAGCCUGCACAUCACUGAGCCCAUGCCAGGGUCCAAGCCGUUACCAGUGCCGCCUGAGCUGGCCGGACACUUGGGGGGUAGCCUGGGGCAGCAGACGAGGCUGAUGAGCCCCGAUGCGAUGCCCCUGGUGAACGGUACAGCUGGUCUCCACGGAGCUGACUACGCGCACUGGGCGGAGGAGCAGGUGGCGCAGGUGAAGCCGGCCUCUCCGCAGGUGCAGCGGCAGGCCGGUGAAGUGUACUCCAACACUCUCCCAGUGCGCAGGCCCACUCCGUCUAAGAGCAAGGCUGCUGUGGCUGAGAACCGGACACUGCCAAGGUCCAGUUCCAUGGCAGCAGGGCUGGAGCGCAACGGUCGGACCCGAGUCCAGGCCAUCUUCUCCCACGCAGCAGGUGACAACAGCACAUUGCUGAGCUUCAUCGAGGGUGACAUCAUCACCCUACUAGUGCCCGAGGCACGGGAUGGCUGGCACUACGGGGAGAGCGAAAAAACCAAGAUGCGUGGAUGGUUCCCGUUCUCCUACACGCGAUUGCUCCCUGAAACCAAUGAAAGCGACCGGCUCCAUGUCAGUCUGCAUCAUGGGAGGAGCAGCAGCACGGGAAACCUGCUGGAGCGGGACGACCUGACCCUGCCCCCCCCUGACUACGGCAUGCCCAGCCGUCAGCUGGCACAGCCCACAGCACACAGCCGGCAGCGCCCCUAUAGCAUGGCCAUGCCUGGCUUCUCUCAGCAGGGAAUGGCAGAUUACGAGUCGCGGUUUCCCACCAGAGACAAAUGCAGUAGAAUGGGGACAACAGGAAGCUGCCAGUGUUUCUUCUUUCUCCACUAAAAUAACUCCAAGGUAUGAUACCAGGUCUGCAGGCCCAGGACCUACCUCUCCAUCAGUUCUUGGUGUGCGUUUUCCUUUGCUUUUGAAACGUUACAUUUUUGAUUGUCAAAGCAGGCUAAAUGUAAAUGAUGUGAAGAACUUCAUUUUGCAUGCUUUUGGGAGGGACACCAAAGCUGUGUAAUGUACUGUUGGUAAAGGUGCCUUACCACAACUUACCAAACCAAUUUUCACCUCUAGUCUUUUUUUCUCUAAAUAAAACGUAAAGAAGAUUAAUUUCCCAUGGAGGUAGCAGGGACACCUGGGUUGUAUAAGAACUUUGUCUCUAAAUUAAUCCUCAGUCUGAAGCCAGGAUUGAAAUCAACUUGACCAUGAUGUCUGUACUUGCCAUUGGCUAAAGCCAUUGUUGGAACCUGCCCUGAACCAUGUUGUUAGGGUUUCCCAUUGGCUAAAGCCAUUGUUGGAACCCGCCCUGACCAUGUUGUUAGGGUUUCCCAUUGGCUAAAGCCAUUGCCAGUACCCACACUGACCCUGCUGUCAGUGAAUCCCUUUGGCUGAAGCCAUUGAAUACACUAGGCUGGACCUGUUUGUCUAUGCUUCCCAUUGAUUGAAGCCAUAGAUGAUCUGGUGUCUGUCUUGUCCUUUUUUGCCAUUCGAUGAACUGAGUGAACCUGGAUUUGGCCGUAUGUCCUUCCAAUUGGCAUUUCGGCAAAACCUCACCAAAGCACAGUUGAUUGCAAAGACUUCUGGUGGGAAUAAAAAUGUUUCUGACUUAAAGCAAAAAAGGAAGCUGAAGUGAAACCCUCAGUGUUGCUUUCCUGUAACCUACAGUAGAUAAGUUUGUCAGCCACCUGUCAUGACGUGUAGUGAUAUAAGACACCGUCACCCCUUCCUGCUAUCAUCCUCUCAUUUGUGAACUAGGGUGGAGCCUCUCGUCCUUCUUCAGCUCCACCCCUAACUGAAAGCUGUCCAAUCACCACUCCCAAACACAGUUGGUGUCCCCUUUUCUGCUUCCUUAUGACACAGUAGGGUGCCCUGCCAUUUAUGGUCAUGUUGCAUGUGAUGGUAGGCAGUAAGACAUCAACCCUGACCCGUGGCCCCCAUCCCUCCUCCCCACUUUCCCACCAUUGUCUUUCAGUCUAGCAUAGAAGGCUUCUUGACCUUUCUUUAACUGCAUGGACUCAUGUGAGUGCUGCACAGGCCAGUGUGUGUGUUUGCGAUUACAGAUCCGUGAGUGUGUGCUUGUGUACUGGUGUGUACAAUGGUGUAGCAGUGUGUGCGUGUGUGUGUGUGUGUGUGUGUGUGUGUUUGUUGCCUGCUUGCCUGGCUCUCCUUUUACUUCUGUACAUUUAUUUAUUUUAUUUUUCCGGGAAAAUGAUGCCUGUGUGCAGUUAACACUUUGUAUCUAAUGCUGUGGUAGCUAUGGAAGUGGACUUGUACAAAAUACAGGGAAUUACAUGGCAUUAAAGCAGUAACAGAUGCAUGAAUGGGUAAAACCUUUACACAGGAAACUAUCUAAGCUGCUUUGGGUGAAAACCUCUUCCUAGCAGAUAACUGUGAGCAGCAAAGCGACAUCUCCUGUGGAGGAGAUGCCUUUGUGCGGUCUCUGCACUUGUGCUCCACAGAAAUUGAGAAAGGGUGCAGUAUGUUAGCCUAGGAGUCUGUGCAUGAAGCCCGCCUAUAGAUGAAUGGCCGGUGUUUGGCUCCGUGGGUUAGGACACUCUGUCCGUGAUCAUAUCAGGUGGCUGUUUCAAUAUCGUGGUUGCCAGGGUGAUAUCAUCGUUGGGUCCUUGAGUAAGGCACUUAACCCCAGUUUCUCCCAGGACCACCAUGCUUUCUCAGUUGCAUGUUGCUUAGGAUAAAAGCAUAUGCUCCAUUUGUAAAUGAUGAAGGUUAAAACUGGUUUAUUGUUUUUAAAAAUGAGGGUGCUGCAAUAACAACAGUAUGGAGUGAAGCAUACUGUAGUACGUAAAUGUAGUACGUAGCAUUUGUUACUUAGCACUCCCUAAAUGUAGUACGUAGUAUUUAUUACUUAGCACUCCCUAAAUGUAGUACGUAGUAUUUAUUACUUAGCACUCCCUAAAUGUAGUACGUAGCAUUUAUUACUUAGCACUCCGUAAAUGUGGUACGUAGCAUUUAUUACUUAGCACUCUGUAAAUGUGGUACGUAGCAUUUAUUACUUAGCACUCCUUAAAUGUGGCACAUAGCAUUUAAUACUUAGCACUCCAUAAAUAAUUGUAGUCUUGAGUUGUAGUCUUUACAGUAGUAGUUUAGUUCUGAAGUUGCUUAAGAAGUCAGACAGACUGAGGACUUCAUAUAGCCAAAGUAGUGAUGUUAUUUUGCGGCUGAAGGAGGGUUGCCACCUCCUAAUGUGAAAUUAGAGAUUUAAAUAUGCCUAUUAGAACAUAAAACACCAUUUGGUGCAUUUGACUAUUGUAAUUUGAAGAUUCUUUGCUUUAGCUUCUUUCAUUUUACCAAACUGUUAGGUAAUGAUAGGCAAGCUAGCAGAUAUGGUUAAUGUUUAAGCUGCCAAAACUGAAAUGUUCAGAGAUUGUUCACCCAUGUUCACUGGUAUACUAAAGCUGAGGGUUGUAAUAUUCUCAAUAACAGAAAAUUCUUAGGAUUCACCUUGCAAAAACUGACAAAAGCUUAUGAUUUUUUAGUGUAAAAACAACAAUUAUUAGUAUAUGAAGCAGAGUAUUUUAACCAAAGACAUUUGUGUAGCAUUACAAAUAAAUUAGUUAUUGUUUUGCUAUUUUAUACUCCAAGGCAUAGCUUGGAUCUUUUAGUCAUUAUGCCAAAUAACAUGACAUAAAACCACUUGUUUGCGUUGAACAAUAAAGCACAAAUCCCUGGAAUCUCUUUACAGUGUGGGUCCAGAGUUUGCCCGGUUUUGAAAGAGCAGAACAUCCCGUAAGUGAUUGGCCUUCCUUGCCAUCCAGCCAACCAAUCACAUUCCUUCUCUUUCCUUUGUCUCUCUCACUCUUCCUCUCUUUGUUGUACUUGGCUGUUACGCUAUGUGUCUCCAUCAAGGGGGCGUGGCUUAGCUGCUCGUUAUUUUCACCCUGUGGCAUCUCAGGACGGAUAUUCGUUGUGCUGAGAUGUCAUUUUUGCCAACCAACGAAUCCAAAAAGGUUGUUGGUUGGUAAAGCCUGAGUCACACGAACCGGCCUGGCAUGUCCACGUUAUCCUGCCAGCUCAGAGCGAUCACUGACUCCUUCGAAUCCAGUACUCACUGCAUGACUGCUUAGAAGUAGUCCAAAAGGGUCAGUGUCUAUAGAAACCAGUAGCAGUUUUUGCGGUGGCAGUCCCCAAGGUACCAGCUACCUGGUGCCCCCCUGUGUUCUGGGGCUGUGUUUGCACAUUCUAACAGCUACUUCCCUCCCUCCUGCUGCAGAGAAGUCGUGGGAGAUAGCAUCAGGCCAGCCAUCAGCUAUGAAAGAUCCGCUUCUAUCCUCUAUUAGCAUCUCCAGGACGUCCAGCUCAUCUUGUCAACGGCCGGGGGCCUC